UGGUGUAACUGUGUAAGUGUGAGUAAUCAAUUGGGAAUGCAGUCGACGACACCGCAGAAAGCCAACGGCCAAUAGACAACCGCGACGCGAACUUUAGAGUUGGAUACCACUGCAUGUCUUGUUGGGAUUGGAUUGGCCUUAAAGAGUGCGUCAUCACUGGCUGUUUUGUGUUGCGUUGUUUAGGGGUAACCAAAUCAAGAGAUCGCUGAUCGAUCGAAUUAUCCUUCUUUGUUACUUUGGAGCGGAUCAUGGCAUUGGUAAGUGGAGGCGGAAAUGGCGAUCAGAAUCAGCUGAAGUUGUAUUCGAACUGGAGGAGUUCUUGCUCCCGCCGUGUUCGUAUUGCCCUCAACUUGAAAGAGCUGAAAUACGAGAACAGAGCAGUUAACUUAUUGAAGGGAGAGCAAUUCAGUCCAGAGUUUAGAAAGCUUAAUCCUCUUGGUUACGUGCCGGUGCUUGUGGAUGGAGAUAUUGUACUUUCCGACUCUUUUGCCAUCAUAAUGUAUUUAGAAGAGAAAUAUCCCCAGCAUCCAUUGUUGACUCGAGAUCUUGAGAAAAGAGGCAUCAACUACCAGGUUGCCAAUAUUGUUUCCUCAAGCAUACAGCCUUUUCAAAAUCUAGCUGUACUGAAAUACAUUGAAGAAAAAGUUGGUCCCAAUGAGCCACUUGCUUUGGGUAAACAGCAUAUUGAAAAAGGUUUUGCAGCACUUGAAAAGCUGUUAAAAGACUAUGCUGGUCGAUAUGCAACUGGAGAUGAAGUUUUCCUGGCAGAUUUGUUUCUAGCGCCUCAGCUUGAUGUAGCGACUAAAAUGUUCAAUGUUGACAUGACCCAAUUCCCUCUUUUAUCCAGGUUGAAUGAGGCAUACAUUGAGAUACCAGCUUUUCGAGAUGUUUUGGCAGAAAAGCAGCCAGAGGCUCCUCCUGCAAGCACUUGUUAAACGAAUUGGUUAAGGAGCAUGAAGUACCGCGUGGUCAAGCUUUAAGAUACGCAUGUGAGAGCACAUUUGUAUCUAGGUGUUGCAAUAAAGGUCCUUACCGUACGUCAUGGAAUCGUGUGGAAUAAUGUUAAUAACAGUUGAGACUGAAUUGAUACAUACAAUUAACGGUUUGGAUUGCCUGUUUGAAUUCCCUGAAAUUCAGUUUGCUUUCAGUUGUUAUUUGUGUUC